AUGGAUUCCAUUGGAAUACAGGACUACAUGCAACGUUUGUCUACGUUUAUGCAAUCCUGGUCUACGGCACACACUCAAAUACAGCAACGGAAGGUGUUCAUACCCACCGAACUCCUAACCUGUUCGCACGUAUUCAUUCGAAUUGAUGCGGUAGGUAAACCGUUAAAACAGCCUUGCGAAGGACCUUUUCGAGUUAUUUCGCUUCACAAAACGUUCUUCAAGGUUGAUCGACAUGGUCGCGUCGAUACGAUUACCAUCGAACGGCCCAAGGCAGCAUAUGUCGACGAUGGCAUAGUGCACGCCAGUUCAAGACCCGAUGUUAUGCCUGCACGGCCGAUGAUUGAGGCACAUACCUCAGAGUCGAGCUCGCAGAUCGCAGUACCUGUUACGAUUUCGAAUGAGGCAAGUGCCUCACGUUCAAAUCAGCAGUGCACGAACACCUUAUCGGACCAGGACGAGACAUCAGACUCACGUUCAGGUCGAAGGAUUGCUUUGUCUGCCCGUCUUCGGGAUUGA